AUGGCCUCCACCGACUUCUCCAACAUCCCCUCCUUCUACCGCUUCUACUUCCGCUGGUCAGACCCAGCAAUCUGCCUCUGGGGCGCCUACAUGGACUUCAUCACGCCAGCAUUCGUGCUCAACGCCUUCGUUCCCAGCACCAUUGCCCCUCACAAUCCACUGUUCGACUUUACCCUGCAACAGCUCGGCGGCGCCCUGCUGAUGCUCGCUUUCAUCGACGUCGUGCUGCUACGCUACACAAACGACAUCAAGGUGUGGAAGAUCCUGCAGGCGGCCGUGCUGAUCUACGAUCUGUCGCUGUUAUACAGUAACUUGGACGCGUUGGGGCAGCAGGUGAGGUUGAGUUGGGGGAAGUUGAGGUGGGAGGAUGUUGGGGGGAUUGCUAUUACGGCGCAGGCGGUGGUUGUGAGGACGGCGUUCUUGCUGGGAGUAGGAUUGGCGGAGGGAGGGAAGAAGGGGAAGAGGUCCUAG